AUGGCUACUACCAACUCUAUUCAAGAUCCCAUCUUUGAAGAGCUUGCCUAUAUACAGGCAAGUCUCGAUGAGUUUACGAACCACCAUGAUGGUUCUAAACCGCUUCAGUGUCGCGCUUUGCUUAAAGACGGUUCACGUCGGUGUCAAAACAACGGGUGGCUUAAAGACCAGCACGCAGAAGUCGAGGCGUUGUUUGUCGAGUUCAAGAAUAUGACGAAGUGUCCUGAAACGGAUAUUUUAUAUGAGAAACUAGAGGUUUUCAUCACCUACACGCACUGCAAGCGCCAUGUCGAAGUCGCUCUCGAGUCUUUUCGUGAAUGGGCAGAGCAACAGACAACGGCCGCUUCUAGUUCGCCACCGAUGUCCCUAUCAGCAUCAGCUUCUGCAUCUCCCUCUCCACUCUCAUCGUCUGAAUAUGUUCUUUCAACAUCUUUAUCGGAAAUCAGUGAUCUACUGGCCAAAACUUCUCUUUCUGGUGGACCCAUUUACGACGAACCAGUUUCAGACUGUGACUCGGAAGGUAUCUGGGAGAAACAUGAGAAAGUUGUCACCAAAGAGAUUCUUAUCUCACCAGACACUUCAAAGAUCGAUAAGAAAAUGAAUCCUCCCAAGGGCGGUCCAAAGGCAGGAACCAAAAUUCGUGGUCUUGGAGAUAUUGGUGCUCCAAGACGCCAAAUAUCAAUACGAGACCACGCGACAGUGUUUCAAGUGAUCAACAGCCAUCCAAAGGAGGGAAUGAUGAAAGAAGGCACUGUCUAUAUACUUGAGCAUAUGAAUAUCCCUGGCUUAUACAAGAUCGGAUUCUCGACCAUAGGCGCAGACCAGAGAUUGAAGCACCCCAAAAACUGCUAUGGAACCGACACGAAGAUCAUUCACGAAACCGAAUCGAAAUUUCGUGGAGCACGACAGGCUGAAAAAAUCAUCCAAACGCGAUUGUUUCAUGAUAAUAUCUUGGUUCAAGCUUGUGAAAAAUGUGGUGGGGGUCACAGAGAAUGGUUCGAGGCCCCUAGAGACAAGAUAUUCGAGACUGUUACAACUAUAGAAGCAUUUGUCCAGAUGCCAGCGUACGUUAAAAAGGAUGGGGAAUGGAAGCUCUCUGCUGAGGCAUAUGAAAUAGUUGGCCCGAUGUGCCAUUUGAACCUAUCGGCAUUAUCGAAAGGUGGGCGUGCGGUCCAAAAAGAGGAUGCAGAGGCUGGGUCGUCCCUUGAGAUUAUCUCAGAAGGAAUGCCAUUAACGGUUGCUCAAGAGCAAGAUAUGGAUAGAAAACCCAAAGUGACUAUUCGAGAGAAAAUUGUGGAGUUAUCGGAUGAUGGAGAGAAGCUCGGAGAAGGCCAGCUUACAGAACUUCCUCUCACACCUAAGAGGAAGCAGCGAGUAUCCUUAGCAGCCUCCUAA